AUGAUCAACGGAGGAUUCACGGGAGCAGGGAUCUCCAAGUCAUCUUGUAAAAGGCACCUUAAAGAGGUGUACCACGUCGGAGACUACGCUAAGUUACCUGACCCCCCCACUAUCACCUUCACUCAAGAAGACGCCGCGGGCAUAAUCUCUGGACACGACGACCCGAUAGUCAUUACAAUUAUAUUAGCUAAUGCCAAUCUCCACCGAACGUUGGUCGACCUAGGAAGCUCGGCAGAUAUACUGUUCAAAUCUGCCUUUGACAAGAUCGAACUACAAGAAAAGGAGCUUAGAGUAUAUCCAAAUAGCAUAUUCGGGCUCAGAGACACCCCAAUUCAGCCACUCGGGUACAUCCCACUCUACACAACCUUUGGAAAGGGAUAUCGAUCUAGGAUGCUAAGCAUAGAUUACAUCGUAGUUGACGUAAGCUUAGCUUACAACGCCCUAAUAGGUAACCCCGGAGGAAAAGAAACCAACACCAUUGAACCCGAGAGAGUUCGAGCUCGCGAAGAACUUCAUCCACAACCUGAAGGUGAGACCGAAGAAGUUCAGAUCGGGGAUGCCCGGGAUAAAAUAACAAAUAUAGGGGCAACCUUAAAGGGAGACUUAAAGGAGCCACUGAUACAGUUCCUAAAGGAUAAUUCCGAUCUCUUUGCGUGGAAGGUCGCAGACAUGCCCGACAUAGAUCCCGAGCUAAUGUGCCAUAAACUGGCAGUAUAUCCUGGAUCUCGGCCAGUGCAACAAAAGCAUAGGAAGCUUGGCCCAGAAAGAUCCCAAGCUGUGGAAGAGCAGGCACAAGCCUUACUCGAGGCUGAAAAGUUCACCGGUUCCCAGAUAAUGCUACCGGUGCCCUCUCCACACUUAAAAUCAAGCAUCGUCCUCGAUGCUAAACCGGAGGAUCAGUGGGAGGUACAACGAUAG